CGGCGCGAGGGGGCGGGAACGUGGGGGCGACGCGAGGCGGGGCGCAGCGCGCGGCGUGAGAGGGGGCGGAGCGCGCGUAUCGGCGCCGCGGCCGCGUGACGCGUUUUCAAAUCUUCAACCGCCGCAGACCACUCGUUUGUGCUUCGCCUCAUCCUCCUCCGGCCCUGCGGUCCCGGAAACCCGGCAGGCCGACGCGGCAUCUCUACUGCGUGGGUGUGGUAGCCCGCGGAAGAGGAGCGGCGACCUGCGGGUCAACGGGCCCGGAGGAGCCGUGUUUCCGCGGCCGCCCGGCGCGACACCCUCUCCGGAUCCAGCAUGUAGGUGCCGGGCGGCUGCCAUGAACUCCGGAGCCAUGAGGAUCCACAGCAAAGGACACUUCCAGGGUGGAAUCCAAGUCAAAAAUGAAAAAAACCGACCGUCUUUGAAAUCUCUGAAAACUGACAACAAACCAGAAAAACCCAAAUAUAAGCCACUCUGGGGAAAAGUAUUUUACAUUGAUUUACCUUCUGUCACCAUCUCUGAAAAACUACAAAAGGACAUUAAGGAUCUGGGAGGGCGAGUUGAAGAAUUUCUCAGCAAAGAUAUCAGUUAUCUUAUUUCAAAUAAAAAAGAAGCUAAAUUUGCACAGACCUUGGGACGAAUUUCUCCUGUACCAAGUCCAGAAUCUGCAUAUACUGCAGAAACCACAUCACCUCAUCCCAGCCAUGAUGGAAGUUCAUUUAAGUCUCCAGAUUCAGUAUGUUUAAGCAGAGGAAAAUUACUAGUUGAAAAAGCUAUCAAGGACCAUGAUUUUAUUCCUUCAAAUAGUAUAUUAUCAAAUGCCUUAUCAUGGGGAGUAAAAAUUCUUCAUAUUGAUGACAUUAGAUACUACAUUGAACAAAAGAAAAAAGAGUUGAAUUUACUGAAGAAAUCAAGCACUUCUGUAAGAGAUGUGGGGAAAAGAGUAGGGAUCAGCACUCAAAAAGCAAGAACAGGUAGACUCAAAAAGCCUUUUGUAAAGGUGGAAGAUAUGAGCCAACUUUAUAGGCCAUUUUAUCUUCAGCUGACCAAUAUGCCUUUUAUAAAUUAUUCUAUUCAGAAGCCCUCCAGUCCAUUUGAUAUGGAUAAGCCGUCUAGCACCCAAAAGCAAACUCAGGUUAAACUAAGAAUCCAAACGGAUGGUGAUAAAUGUGGUGGAAUUCCAGUUCAAGUCCAUUUGAAAGAGAAGAAGAAAAAAGGAUAUUGUGAAUGUUGCUUGCAGAAAUAUGAAGAUCUCAACACUCAUCUUCUAAGUGAGCAACACAGAAACUUUGCACAGAGUAAUCACUAUCAAGUCGUUGAUGAUAUUGUAUCUAAGUUAGUUUUUGACUUUGUGGAAUAUGAAAGGGACAUGCCUAAAAAGAAAAGAAUAAAAUACAAUGUUGGAUCCCUUUCUCCUGUUACUACAAAUGUCCUGAAAAAGUCUGAACCUAAAGAAAAUCUGGAAUUGCAACAUACUUCUCAGAAAGACUUCAGGGAAAAUAAUGUACAGGUGAUUGAGCAGAGUUUCCUAUAUAAAGAAACCCAGGAACCUGAACAAAAGUUAGUCUCUACUUCGGAACACAUCUCCCACCCUUCAAGUGAAUUGAGAGGACUUGAUGAGAAAACGUCUAGUAAAUGUUCCAUGUUAAAUCCAGCUGAAAAUGACAUACAGCAAAAUUUUACACCUCUACCUCCACAUAAACAGGAACGCAUUCUUGACGUUUCUGAACAUAAAUUAACUAUAAAUGAAAAUGACUUAGAAGAACUCAGGGUAGAUCACUGUCCUUGUAGGCCACAAAUAUCUAUACAAGUUUCUAAUUGCAAUACAGAUAAUUGUGCAUCUCAACCACAACAGAAGUCAGAUACUGUGCUUUUUCCAGCAAAGGAUCUAAAGAAAAAGGACCUUCAUUCAGUGUUUUGUCAUGAUUCUGAUCUGUUAGCAAUGAACAGUUCACAGGAGCACCUUACAAUUCAGGCAAAGACUCCAUCCCAGAGCCCUCCUGAGGAACCCAACACAUGUGACCUCAAGAAUAUGGAUAGUUUACCUUCUGGUAAAAUCCAUCGGAAAGUGAAAAUUUUAUUAGGAAGAAAUAAAAAAGAAAAUCUGGAACCAAGUGUGGAGUUAGAUAAGAAAGAAACUGAAUUUCUUACUACACAAGAAGAAAACAGAAUUUGUAGCUCACCAGAACAAUCUCUACUGGACUUAUUUCAGACAAGUGAAGAGAAGUCAGAAUUUUUGGGUUUCAAAAGCUACACCGAAAACAGUGGUAUGUGUGAUAUUUUAGAUAUUUGGGAAGAGGAAAAUUCAAAUAAUCUGUUAUCAAUGUUUUUCUCUUCCCCUUCAACUUCUACAUUUACUGGCUUUUAGACUUCAAAAAUAAAUAACCUUUCAAAAGCAAUGAAAAUCAUAUUCAUAGGUUUGGGGCUUUUUUUUGUGCCAAUUUUCUUUACAGAACCAAAUGUAAAUAUUAAUAAAGGUGAUAUUUUUCAUUUUUCUACAGAAUUGAAUGCCUAUUAGAGAAAAAUUGUAGAAUAAACUUGUGACCCAUCUUGUUUUACAUACUGUGUUCAUAAUUGUUUCCUAAGAACUACUAUGAAUAAUAGAUUGGUUUAUGUCCAUGAAAACUAACUAAUUUCAAGUGAAAAUUUGAGAAUAUCAAAAUUUAGCUUUAUAAAUUUAGAUCUUCUAGUUAUAUCUAUUGUCUGUUAAAAUAGAUUUCCAUGAUAACAUGACAGUAUUGCUUUUAAAAACCUAAUUUUCAUACAGGAAGGAAAAAAAUAUAUUUCAGUGUUUGAAUUCUGGAAAUCAUUAUUACCAGAAACAUUGACACUGAAAGGUGAACUAGUUGGACCAUGCUAGGGUGUUGGCAUUGAGGAGUUAGGUUAUUUGUAGGGAUUAAUAGAAGCCAUGAAGGAAAAACUUAACCAGGCUAGCAUAUGGAAUAUAAUAGUUUUUCCAUUCUUCUUAAUUAUUUACUUUUGGAAAUAAUUUCUUAUAAAAAUAACUCUUUACCCUCUAAUUUGGUAUCAGGAAAUGAAAGUGAAAGGAUGGCACUGAACUAAAGAUAUGUUUUGAAACUUGCAGAUUGCUUUUGAUUAGGCAGUUGGCAAUUCAAUAGUUUAGAAAAAAGAAAAUUCAAAUGUAAGAGAAAUUUCAACUCUUAUCAGUAAGUGGCUUACAAUAGUGCCAUUGAAUAUAGUGUGAAUACUUUGUCACUAAAAUUAACUUUGAUUGCCAGUCUUAAUUUUUUGAAAUCCUGUAUGGCUUUGAAGUAUAUGUUAUUUUGACCAUCUGGUCAAUGAGAAAUACUAGCUUUUCAAUAACUUUAUUGUUCAUACCAGUACCUAAAGCAGGAUCACUGAAAUAUCCUUUACAGUGCAUACAUGCAAACUUUAUUUCCACUGUAAAUUACUACUGUAGCAUUUUGUCAGGUGUAUGUGUAUAUAUGUGACUCUAGAUAGCCUUCUAAAAAACCUAGAGAAACUUGGAAAAUAAUUUGUUUUUUCCCUUUGUUAUUACCUGUGUUUCCCCCAAAUUUCCAAUUAAAAGGUAUUUAAACUUGCUCUGCAAUCGUUGGACUUUAGACCGACAGUCUCUUCUAUUUGUAGCGACACUGUUGGCCCUAAAAUGGUUCGGAGUGAUUUUGUGUUAGUUGUAUUUAAUAAGGAGGAAGAGGCUCAACUGAACCUCUGCGGUAGUUAAAUGUUGUUAAAUUUUAUUUUGACACUAUUUUUGAACUAUUAUUUCAAAUGCUGGACUUUUAGUAAAACACCUUCCUCCAAGAUCCUCAUAAUGAGUAUUCUACUUUUUAAAAAAUUCCUAAGUUUCAGUUUAUUUGGAACAGUGCUAUAAACUAGCAGGACCAGCACAUGGUGUUUGUGUGGGUUGUGCUUAUGCAGGUGAGCACUGAGCCAAGGGGGAGAGCAGGUAAGAAAUCCAAUCCGCAGUCUGCAACUAGUAGUAUGCCCUGGGAUUGCAGCCCUGUUAGAGGAAGGAGUACUUUUUCCUAGUUUUUUCCCCUGGGCAAGGUGCUUUGGGGUUGUGUCUACCCAGAAAGGGUGUUUUAUUGUUUUUUAACUCUCUAACAGCACUUAAUUGAUUCCCAGAUUCGUUCACAGAAAAAUAAUCUUUAAUGUAGUAAGGGUCUUCAUAGGUCCUCAGCAGGGUAGAUAGAAAACUCUUGGUUUGCUUGAUAGAAAGUGCUUCCCUAAAAGUGUCUAGACAAAUCACAGUAAGCACGUGAUAAACUGAAUUCUUUGAUAUCAAGAAUUCAACUUACCAAGAGCAGUGAAGUUGAAAAGUGUUUGGAAAGAAAAGGCACCCUAAUUAAGCCAAGGACAACAGACAUCGUAGCAUUCAAAGUUGAUGGCUCCAUUUUUCUAGGAGUAGCUAGAAACAGCAGUAAUGAAGACAAUGUGGUUUUAUUGCACAAAAUGUCUAUUUUUCUAAGCUCACAAGCAAUUGUAGCAAGAGGUAUUUUACGCACAAUAAUAGAAUCUGUUUUUGAAGCCAAUGAUGACUUCAUAUGCAUAUAUUAGUAUUAUAUGUAUUAAA